CAGUAUCACGAUCUGCAAACAAACAACUGCACGCAAAAUGGCACCAACGUCUUCUGCAAGUAAACUCUAAUUGUUGCUGAAUGCUGAUAGAUGAAUCUGAUCACACAAUAACAAUGAAUGAUCAGUCUUCAUGAACUAAUGCAAUCAAUUCAUCAGAAGCCUUGAAGUUGUACUGGCUACUAAUGGAUGAUACAACCGCCCUGAGUUACUGGUUAAAUUGGCGGUUCUUCCUUUGCGCAUUAUGGGUCCUAAUUGCUGUUAUAGCAGCUGCAAUUGUUAUAGCAAAAUAUGAAGUAGUCAACAAAAAGAGAAGAAAGCAACAAGAUGAUGAGCUGGACGUUGAACCCGUUGGGAUUUUGUAUGAUGAUGAAACUUGGAGGACCUCUAUAAAAUGGUUGCACCCUGUAUGGCUGCUUGCUUACAGAUUAAUCGCCUUUAGUGUGCUACUGGCAAUUCUAUCCAUUAAUCUGGCAAUUAGUGGACCUGGGGUGCUUUUCUACUACACUCAGUGGACAUUUGUUUUGGUCACUUUCUAUUUUGGGCUUGCAUCUUCACUCUCCAUUUAUGGGUGUUACCAAUACUGGAAAAAAGUUGGUGUCAGUAACAUCAAUAUUGUGGAUUUAGAUGCAGAACGAGCCACAUCAACUGCUCCUUUAAUAGAAGAGAGUUCGAUUUCUCAGCAUAUGCCCAUGAAACCUAGUAACCUUGGAGAAAUUCAUGUGCGCAAGGCAGCUGGCAUAUGGGGUUAUUCAUGUCAAAUAAUCUUCCAGAUAUGCGCAGGUGCUGUGGGGCUCACCGAUAGUGUCUUUUGGUUCAUAAUCUAUCCAUUUCUUACUCCAGCAACUUACAAACUAAAUUAUUUAAACGUUAGCUUGCAUUCACUCAACAUUGUUUUCCUCCUCAUUGAUGUGAUUCUGAAUCGCUUAAGAUUUCCACUCUUUCGUUUAGCAUACUUUGUUCUAUGGACAUGCAUAUUUGUCAUCUUCCAAUGGAUUCUCCAUGCUUGUGUAUCAUUGCGGUGGCCAUAUAUCUUCCUUGACUUGUCAUCUCCAUAUGCUCCCAUUUGGUAUCUGGGAGUAGGAUUAAUUCUCCUCCCUGCAUAUGGCAUCUUUGCACUCAUUGUUAAGUGUAAGCAACUGCUUCUGUCAACAUUUUCCGAAAAUCUUGGAGCAUGAGACCCUGUUCGCGUUGAAAUAGGCCGUUCCAAAAUAUGUUGGGCUGAAACGAUUGAUAGGAAAUUCAAAACAUGUAACAAAUCUCAUCUUUUUUAUCUUUUCUGUUAUAUUCUGCAGUUUUUAUAUAGUUGUUAAUGACAAGUAAACUGCAAGCAAGAUGGCCACUUGUAUUUGGCCAUUGAUGCAUCACUUACAUUGCAUAAUGUUUUUAAAUGAUUAAAAAUCUGUCGGUCACGUGUUUGGUUGGUAUAACGAAGUUUGGUA